AGUUGAUAAAUGACUUACAAUGUCUAGAAAGGAUGUUCAUUGUUAUCUUAAAUAAUAUAUUAUAUUAUAUAUUGUACUAGUAAUAAUUAUAUUUAAUGUUAUAUUUGAAAAGUUACAUAAGAACAAAAGUUUAGAAUUGGAGCGAUAUUAUAAUGGGAAAUACAAAUGUUGAAGCUUCCAGUACAUGUUGUCGAACAAGAGACGUCCUCUGGCAUCUCGUAUUCAUCGGUUUCGCCGUGAAUUAUAUGAUACGAUUGAAUUUAAAUAUAGCUAUCGUAUCUAUGAUACGACCGAAACUUAAAGAUAAUAUCUCAGUGACUAGUGAAUGUCUUGGUGAUACUUUUCCAAGUAAUAAUACAAUCAAUGCUGAAUAUGGACACAAUUACACGUUACUUUUCGAUCUAAAUACAACGGCGCUUCCAAAACUAGAGAAUAUAACUUCAUCAACAGAAGAAUAUUUUGAUUGGGAUGAAAAAGAAGUGGGAUAUAUUUUGGCUAGUUUUUUCUGGGUACACUGGAUUACUCAAAUACCGGGAGGAAUCCUCGCUACCAAGUACGGAACCAAAUUUGUAUUCGGUGUGUCAAAUUUUAUUGGAGUUGUAGCGAACUUCGUUAUUCCAUGGUUCGCUAGAAAAGGAGCUAUAUAUCUAAUAUUGUUAAGAAGUAUCCAAGGCUUCUGUUGCGGCUUUUCUUUACCUUCAAUACACAAUCUGGUAUCAAAGUGGAUUCCUCCGAAUGAAAGAAGCAAGUUCGUUACUGCAUAUACCGGUAAUUCUAUUGGUGCAGCUUUUACUUAUCCUUUCUGUGGAUUCAUUAUAGAAAGAUGGGGCUGGGAUAAUGUGUUUUAUGCUUGUGGAAUAUUGGGAACCAUAUGGUUUCUUGCUUGGUGUUUUUUUGUAUACGAUAGUCCAGCUGAACAUCCUCGUGUAUCACAUGAAGAAAAACAAUACAUCGUAUCUAGUUUGGGUGAAACUGUUUCUAAAGUAGAGAUACCAACACCUUGGAAAAGUCUUUUGACAUAUUUACCAUUCUGGGCAACAGUGGUGGCUCAAAUAGGUGCUAACUGGGGAUUAUUUACAGUCACGUUGAACGGACCUGCUUAUAUUAAGUUUAUUCACGGAUGGGACAUUCGUUUGACAGGGGUCCUCUCUGGAAUGCCACACUUAUUAAGAGUUUUAUUUGCUUACUUUUUUUCAAUUCUUGGCGACUAUUUGAUAAAAAAUGAGAAAAUGAAAAGGACGAAUGUCAGGAAAUUUGCAACAUUCUGGGCAAAUGGAGUUCAAGGAGCUUUCAUGCUUGGCCUAGCUUACUCAGGUUGUGACAAAAUCACUGCAAUGGUUAUGUUGACGCUUGCAGUUACUGUCAAUGGAGCAAUGUCUACAGGAGCACUAGCAGGACUUGUAGAUAUCAGUCCAAAUCACUCAUCAAUAUUACUGGGUAUAGUAGGUACUGCUGUUGGAUUGGUUGGUUUUUGUACACCAGCUGUAGUAGGACACUUUACAUUCCAAAACCAAACAGCGGUUCAAUGGCAGAAAGUAUUCUGGGUGAGUGCAGCCAUUCUGUUCAUCAGUUGUACCGUCUACUUUAUAUUUGCAAAUUCCGUAAUAGCUCCUUGGAAUGCAUCAAAAGAAAUUCCAGAAAGUGAAAAUAUGGUUGUGAAAGGAAAAAAUAAUGAAACAAUUAAUGGUGAAGUUAGUACAGAAAAAGAAGAAAUAGAGAAAUAUUCUGUCUGAUGACGAGGCUAUAGUUAAGACUACAUAUAAGAGUCAACAGCUAGAAUAAAUAUUUAUUGUUUUGUUUCUUUCUAAAAAACCAUUGUUUACACUUA